CUGCAAGCUUUGGUCUCGACAGCUAGGAAACUCCUGCGGGCCGAGUCUGCAGAUCCAGGAGCGCCCGGGUUAGGAGACGCUUAGCCCCGAGCACUUGGGGUAAGAGAUCCCACCUGGUGGACGCUCCCUCCUCAGACAAAACAACGCCCUUCUCCACUAGACGUCCAGGUGGGAGCUGGAGCUAAGCGGAGCUCUGUGGACCAGUUCUUAGUAAACCCAGGGCUGAGACGGGGCAUAGAGAGGAGCAGCCAGAGAUGCGGCUGUAGCGCCGGGCGCAUUGGAAGUGCAGGGGACGCGCCUGCCAGCCUUGGCUGCCGCGCCCUUGACCUCUAGUUUCGGCUGGGAAUCUGGGUGGAGAUGUAAUUGAGGAACCCACGGAACUGACUAGCCACCGUGGGCGGGGGAGGCAAGACUGUGAUCCCCUCCGCGGUCUUUCCGCCCUCUUCCUCCUCCGCUCCAUGCCUGAGAGCUGCGCUCCGGAGCCGGGGCGAGGAGAGACAUGGUGGGAACAGGCGCUCCGUGCGCCCCGCCGCUGUCGGCGAGCUCCCAGGCUGGGCUUCCUCAAGCCAACCUCUCCGCUGCUCCCUCCCACAACUGCAGCGCCGAGGGCUACAUUUACCAGGACUCCAUCGCCCUGCCCUGGAAAGUAGUACUGGUCAUGCUUCUUGCACUCAUCACCUUGGCCACCACGCUCUCCAACGCGUUUGUGAUCGCUACCGUGUACCGGACGCGGAAGCUACACACCCCUGCCAACUACCUGAUCGCCUCCCUGGCGGUCACCGAUCUGCUCGUAUCCAUCCUGGUGAUGCCCAUCAGCACCAUGUACACAGUCACGGGCCGCUGGACUCUGGGCCAGGUGGUCUGCGACUUCUGGCUGUCGUCGGACAUCACCUGUUGCACAGCUUCCAUCUUGCACCUCUGCGUCAUCGCCCUGGACCGCUACUGGGCCAUCACGGACGCCGUGGAGUACUCAGCUAAAAGGACUCCCAAGAGGGCGGCGGUCAUGAUCGCGCUGGUGUGGGUCUUCUCCAUCUCCAUCUCGCUGCCGCCCUUCUUCUGGCGUCAGGCCAAAGCCGAGGAGGAGGUGUCGGACUGCGUGGUGAACACCGACCACAUCCUCUACACUGUCUACUCCACGGUGGGCGCUUUCUACUUCCCCACCCUGCUCCUCAUCGCCCUCUAUGGCCGCAUCUAUGUGGAAGCCCGCUCUCGAAUUUUUAAACAGACCCCCAACAGCACCGGCAAGCGUCUGACCCGAGCCCAGCUGAUAACCGACUCCCCCGGGUCCACGUCUUCGGUCACCUCCACUAACUCGCGGGCUCCAGACGUACCCAGCGAAUCCGGGUCUCCUGUGUACGUGAACCAAGUCAAAGUACGAGUCUCCGACGCCCUUUUGGAGAAGAAAAAACUCAUGGCCGCUAGAGAGCGCAAAGCCACCAAGACCCUGGGGAUCAUUUUGGGAGCGUUUAUUGUGUGUUGGCUGCCCUUCUUCAUCAUCUCCCUGGUGAUGCCUAUCUGCAAGGACGCCUGCUGGUUCCACCUGGCCAUCUUUGACUUCUUCACGUGGCUGGGCUAUCUUAACUCCCUCAUCAACCCCAUCAUCUAUACCAUGUCCAACGAGGACUUCAAACAAGCGUUCCAUAAACUGAUACGCUUUAAGUGCACAAGUUGACUGCUCAAUUGCAGUGCGGUCGCCUAAGCGGCCUUUGGGGAAUCAUGUUGUAUCUAGUUACACAGGUAGGUCGACUCUUCUUUCACUGUUACUAGGUCGGAGUGAAGCUUUCUCUUCUGAGCAAGGGCAUUGGAUCCUGAGAAGCCAGGACAGCCCUGAGAGAGAGCCCCUAAAAAACUGUUCAAACGAAGGAUAGAGCUUCCAGGCUCUGGAGGAGGUUCACUUCCUCCCCUCGAACCCCAGGUUCAGCACUGACCCCGAGGCAGACAAUCGCAAGGAGAAGUUGCGACUUUAAAAAAUUGAUGAUGGAAAAGGGAUGCCUGCCCUGCCUUGGUAUCAGGGAUGAUGCCCUCUAGAAUCAGAGGUACUUGUAGUUGCUGUUUGAAGCCUGUCUGAGAGAUCCACAUGCAGCCUGGCAGUGCUUGAACUAGACACUAAUGCCCUGUGUUAUGGGGAGAACUUUGUGUUACAGCUUCAUCUAAUAAUAGUUCCUUUGGCAUCCUUCAGUCUUCAUUCAGUUUUUGUUUACCUGAACUUGGGUGGAGAAACUUGUGGAUUUGGUGCUUCAAACCCUAUGGGUGGCUUGAAUGGCACAGAGAAACCUU